GGGCGCGGCUGCAUGACAAUAGAGAAGCGCCAUUCAAUUGAUAGCUUUUGAGCACGUGAGUUUCUCUCUUUUACUCACUUGAAAACUAGCGCGUUUACACGUAGCGGUCUUUUUCCCCUUUAUUUUCUUUCAACAGAAACUUUCUGGACUCGCCAGCCUGUGAGUUUUAUCUGUCGUCGUGCGACGGAGACAAACAUGCUACGGCGCACGCUGCCCUUUUUGGCGAGCAAUCGAAGUACACGUGGCGGACCUCGUUCAUUCGGCGUGUUCUUCUUCCCUCUGACAAUCCUGCCGUUGAACUUCUUCAUUAACUCCGUGCAGGUGCGUGGCUGAGAGUUCCUCGCUCUGUACAGCACUCUCAACACCUGCCCUUUGGUACCCCCUGCGGCCCCUCCGCGCUUCCUCCAAUAGAACUCUGUGCGUGACGCGUAACGACGUAGAAUAGAAAAAGCUCUCACAUGGACUUUGUGCACUUCCUGAAGAGUCAGCGCUACCGCUCACGCGUGCCGCUGCGUCAGCUGCAGUUCACCGUUGCCGUCUACCGCGCCAUUGUCGUGGAGGAGGCGAAUGUGGAGCUGCUGGCCGAAGUCACUGUGCCGUGGGAUGGAAAGGUCUGCUCCCCACGCGAGACCCUCGACCUUUACAAGGACCUCACGCACCUUACUCAGCGGCCCACCAACUCAGAUAGGGAGUUGAGAGCGGGCCCGCUAGCGGAGACGGCACCAGCGGCCUCCACGACCGCACUUGGGAUGGGCCCGUCCACGUCUGGCGCCGCGGCAGCUGUAACAAACGAACCGUCCUCGGCCCCCAACGUGCUGGCGCUGCCUACCCCCAACGAGCUCAUCGCAGAGCUGCAAAAGCCGCCGUCGAACUUCUUUACCCGACCCUCGCGCGAAGACUUCAUUGAUCGCGCCGAGGAGGACUUCCCGGUCGACCCCCCGCAGGGCCCCAGUCUUCUUGCCCCUAUCAUUCUGCGCCAGCACCGGCGUGACCACCAACCGAAUCGGAAGAUGUUUCUCAUGUGGGCAUCUGGUGACGUCGUCGUACCAGAGAAGACGACGAGCGCCAUCGCACCGGUUGAUGAUGUCCGCGCUGCAGAGAACGGCACAUCAAGCAAUGUCGUCGUUUCCACCGCAGCACUGCCCCUGUUUGAGGUGGACGCGCUUACCUGGAAAGGAGUCGAGCGUGUGAUGUGCACGCUGACCGCCGAGCCGGAUGAGCACGUCUUCACGGCGAGGCCAAACCUGAACGACGCCCACACGCUCUUCGUCGACGCUGCGCACAUCUACACGUUUCGUGUGACGGUGUCUAAGGCAACGUGGGCGGGGGGACCGCCUCGGCGCACGUCUGCAGGGGAGAUCCCGAACGGCGCCUUGGAUGCCGUGUCCGCCCCCCUGGACGCGGUAUUGGCAAACGUGCGAGAGCUGGCCCAGUACGCCGAGGAGCAGUACGAACAGCUCGACAUCAGCAAGGAUGUGGUGGCCCGGCGACUGCUGCGGCAGGCGGCGCUGCUGGUCCCACCGGAGCGCGGUCGCACCGGGCCGCCGAUCGUGGCCGCCUCGGGUGCGGCGGCUCCCCCCGCUGAGGAAGGCGGCGGCCGUGCUCGCCGUGCGUCCUUCAACUACAGCGUGUCUGCCGGAGCUGCCGGGGAGCGCGGGGCGAGCGUCGUGAUGGGCGGCACGAGUAUGUCUGCUGCGCCGCGUGGGCCGGGGAUGAGCGGGGUGCUGCUGUCUCGCUCCUCCGUCAUGCGCACUGGGUACUCGUUGCCACGGGGGCUGUGCCAGUACUACUUGUUUGGCACGGUGGACCGCUGCGUCGGCAUCGCGGAGUCGACGCUGUUCCUGCGCUGUCAGCUUGUCGAGGACGGCGAGGCCUCCACGUGGAUGUACGACGGGCUCGCUGCCUCUUCGCCCUCCGCGGUGUGCGAGUUCAGCUCCCAGCUGGCCUACCUCAGCACCUUCGUGGAGCACGAGUGUGUGCUGGACGUGGACCACGUUUUCAACCUGCCUUUUGAGUACAACUUCGUCGGCGCUGCACUGCCGCGCAGCCCGCUGCGGUUGGUUGUGUCCGCCUUCACCGAAGGCGCGGCAGCGGCGGGUGUGCAGUCCGCGGUGGCCUACGCUUGUCUCUCCCUGCCCGUUGCGACCCCCGGGCGACACACGAUGACGGCGGCGAUGUGGGCGCCCCACAAGAGCGGUGUGGAGUUCCUUCGAUCGGCGCUGCUGGGCGGGGCACCGAGUCUGGUCGAUGCUCGCCAAGCCGGCCCCCCGCCCACUCACCGCACGGGGAUUAGCGUGAAGGAGGGUCUCUACGCCGACAGCGUAGGCCGCGUGCACCUGACGGUCAACAUUCUACAUCACAGAAGUCACGACAGCGCCUGA